AUGGACCACUACAAUGAUUGGGAGUUGUGGCUGAGCGAUGAGGAAACACCAAGCGGACAAGAGGAAAUCGAUGCCGGCCAGGGCACCGAUCCAACAUUCUUCAAGCUUGAGUUGAACCCGGAAGAAGGACGGCCUGGAGGAUUCAAGGUCCGGAAUCCUCCCGGCGUGAAACAGCGCAAGGAAACAUCAAUGUUCCAUUCAGGUUCCAGGAAGAGACCUGCAUUUCACGUGCAGUCUGUUGCUCGUGCCAUCAUCCACGGCACACUCGCGCGCGGAUCCGCUCAGAGAGCGACUUUGUUAGUCUACGACUUCCAGUUCUUAUCGUAUCGAGGGACCCGUAUCAAAGAUGCUAGCAUUUGCUUUGACUUCCUUCCCAGUGCGGGGAGUCCUCCGGGAAGUGGUCCUUCCGUCAAGAAGGUCGGACCCGACGAGCGGUAUAGCAUGAUGGAAUCGACACAGCUCGAAAGCCUGAAGAAGACAGCGAAAUUCGGGAUAAGUGCAGGAACUGUUGUCUCCCCUAAUGGUGAGGUUGGAAUCGAGAGGUCUGUGGAGAAAACGGUCACUUUCGCGGCUGAAAUCACAGGUAGUCGUCCAUUCGAUGAGUGGGGGAACUAUUUUCAAGCCCAGUGGGCGCUACAGGAGAACCCCUCGCAGGCGAAUGGCAUUGUCUCUCGUCUGCGUACAUGUGUUCUGCUAACGCGCGAGAAUGACAAUGACUUUGACUGUGUCCCAUAUAUCCGGAUUACCCCUAACCUGACUACACGGCUAGUGUCAUUAGGAAGUGUGCGAUCUCGUGACGAGGCCAUUCCUUUCGACCCUAGCUAUGAACCGUACAAUGACCUUGAGGGGGGGAGAACCUAUUGA